GCGCAGCGCGCUGCGUCGGCCACAUACACACUCUGCGUACCGCACCGAGCAUGGAGUGACACGACCAUGGACUAACUCCCGGGACGCUCACGAUGUCUGAGGCAAACACUGGCGGCCCCGCCCCGCCCUACAUGGGGCUGUCCGCGCUCCCCGGGGCGGCGGCGGGGGCGGGCGCCACAGGGGUCGCCGGCCGCCGCGGGAGGACGGCGUCGCCGUCCCUGUCCACGGCGUCCAACUCGGCCGCGGGCGCCGCGCCGACGACGCAGACGCCCACGACCGGCAUCCUGAGGCUCAACAUCAACAAGCCGCGGAGGAGUUCGGGGAGCUCGGUCGAGUUCAGGACGCCCCUCGACGGAUACAUGCAGGUGGAGCCCACGUCCCCGCAGCCCUCGGUGGACCGGCUGUCCGUCACGUUCGCGGCUGAGGAGCGCAGCAUCUGCUCCGACGCGUCCGUUCGCGUCAACGUGAUGCCCUCGACGGGCACCCUGGCCGCCAACGGCUACGGCCAGGACGCCGCCGACCGGACGGCGGCGGGGCUAGGCGACCAGGACGACGACGACGACGAUGACGACGAGGACUACUCCGUCAGCAUGUCGGCCAUCAUCCAGCGGAGAGCGUCGACGCGACGGUCGCGGCGCCGGACGAGCCGCAACCGGCGCGGCAGCCACGCGCGCCGGCCGUCCUCGCCGUUCAGCCCGGACGCCGACAGUGCCGGCGCCCCGCAGAGUCGGCGCCGCUCCUCUGUGUUCACCACCAGCUCGGCCGACACCGCGGUGUCCCUGGAGGGCUCCGGCGGCGGCGGCUCGGGCCCAGUGACCCAGGAGCAGAUCCUGGAGAACCUCCGCGUGCACAAGGAGGUCCUCGGCGGCGUCAAGAUGCAGCCGUGGGGGAUGCGGCGAAAGCUGCGCCUCGUCCGCCAGGCCAAGACGUACGUGAAGCGCCACGAGGGGCAGCUGCACGAACGUUUCGCGCACUCGCGCGCCACCAAGGACAUCGCCGCGCGCUUCAACCUGUGGAUGAUCAAGCGCUGGCAAUGGUUCCGUAGAGAGAUAUUCAACCUGCUCAACAUGCUCAUGCCGUGGGAGCUCCGCAUCAAGGAGAUAGAGUCGCACUUCGGCUCCGCGGUCGCGUCCUACUUCACCUUUCUGCGCUGGCUGUGCCUCGUCAACCUCGUCAUCGUCGUCGUCAUCCUGGCCUUUGUCUCCAUCCCCGAGAUCCUGACGGCGGAUCCGAAGACUGCCGGCGAGCGCAAGGAGAUGCUGGACGAGGAGCGCAAGACCGCGUACAACUUGUACACCCUGUGGGACUUUGAGGGCCCGCUCAGGUACUCGCCGCUGUUCUACGGCUACUACACGGACCGCGACAGCACGGACUGCGCCGGCAAGAGUAAGUGCGGAAAGGGCUACCGACUGCCGUUUGCCUACUUCAUGACGGGGUUGGCCGUGUAUGUCUACAGCUUCGUCGCCAUACUGCGCAAGAUGGCGUCCAACUCGCGCAUGAGCAAGCUCUCCGAGAAGGAGGACGAGUGCGCGUUCACGUGGAAGAUGUUCGCCGGCUGGGACUACAUGAUCGGCAACGCGGAGACGGCGCACAACCGGGUGGCCUCCACCGUGCUGGGCUUCAAGGAGGCCCUCGUCGAGGAGGCGGAGCGGCAGCGAGAGAAGCGGAACUGGCGCAUGCUCGCGGUGCGCGUGGCGGUCAACAUCCUCGUCCUCGGCAUGCUCGUCUUCUCGGCGUGGGCCGUGGUCCGCGUGGUGGAGCGCUCCACGGAGCCGGACGCCAACAGCAACAUUUGGCGGCAGAACGAGACGACCGUCGUCAUCAACAUCGUCAACUCCAUCUUCCCCAUCCUGUUCGAGCUGUUCGGCCUGCUGGAGCAGUACCACCCGCGCAAGACCCUGCGCGUGCAGCUGGGCCGCAUCAUGGCGCUCAACCUCAUCAACAUCUACACGCUCAUCCUCUCCCUGUUCCAGAAGAUCAACGAUAUGUCGAAGGAGAUGAUGGAGAUGGCUGCGCUCGACGGCAGCUUCUCCACGACCCUGCCCGCGCUGACGACGCCGAGCAGCACCCCGAUGAAGCUGCCGGGGGUCGACUGCCGCCCGAAGGAGGUCCCGUGCGGGCUGACCAGCAGCACCGCCCUGAUUGCGGCCCUGACGGUGCUGUCCGCCUCCACGACAACCGUCUUGCCGCCCUCCAACUCGACGUUGCCGUCCACACACAACGCGACGCUCGAGUCCCUCCCAAUCGUCACCACCUCGCCCAUGCCAACGACGACCAUGACGCCCACGCCACCCUGGCCGAGCGUCAAUGUCACCGACGACGACGACGGCGGCGGCGAGCCGGUCAGCUCCACGACGUCGCCGCCCCACCCCGGAUCCUCGGUGGACUUCACAACGUCCGAGAGGAUGUGGUCUUCGCCACCCUCGUCGUCAUGGUCGUCACCCGAAUGGACCUCGUCAUACCCCGGGUCGUCCACCACCGCCGAUGAGCCCUUCGAGGACGUCAUCUUCCACGUUCGGCAAAACGCAGCCGGCGACACCCGCGGACUGGAGGCGCUCUCUCAGUACCUGGAGGACGCAGCAGCUGCGGUGGACUACCACGAGGCUGCCAGGACGCCGUCAGCGCAGAGUCUGUCUCCUAGCGGCUACGACCUCACAGGCCCUUCCUCGACGGCACCCCCUUCCUCCUCCUCCGCGUCCACAGCCGACACAAACCCUUCCUCGGGGUCGCCGUCGGGGUCCACCGACUGGCCCAGUGUCGACCCCUCCGAGGGGGCGACGACGCUCAUGCCCGUGUCGUCGUCUGGGAGCGACCUGGAGGCAGGGAGCAGCCCGGCGCCGGCGACGUCUUCGGAGGAAGAGGAAAAGGAGGAUGAGGCCGCCGAGGACGGCUCUUCGAACUCUGCCACUACGGUGACCUCGGCCACCUCAACCAACUCACCCACCUCGCCCAUCUCGCCCACCGCGGGCACCACUAACGCAACUGCCACUGCUACGACGCAUGGCGCGACCCCGGGCACCGUCCACACGACGGUCGCUGUCCAUGCCCACGGCCUUCACCCCAACAACAACAACAACAACAACAACGCCACGGUGUGGAAGAAGCCCAAGAGCAAGCUAGAGACGAGGCGCGACAAGCGACGCCUGUGCUGGGAGACCAUGUUCGGCCGGGAGAUGGUCAAGAUGACCGUCAUGGACCUGGUCAUGACGGUGGGCUCCAUCCUCCUCAUCGACUUCUUCCGGGCCGUCUUCGUCCGCGUCAUGAACAACUGCUGGUGCUGGGACCUCGAGAAGAAGAUGCCGCAGUACGGCGACUUCAAGAUCGCCGAGAACAUCCUGCACCUCGUCAACAACCAGGGCAUGGUGUGGAUGGGCAUGUUCUUCUCGCCGGGGCUGCCCCUCAUCAACCUGGUCAAGCUGGCCGUGCUCAUGUACCUGCGCUCGUGGGCGGUGCUCACGUGCAACGUGCCGCACGAGGUCGUGUUCCGCGCCUCCCGCUCCAACAACUUCUACCUCGCGCUGCUGCUCACCAUGCUCUUCCUGUGCGUCCUGCCCGUCGGCUACACCAUGGUCCGCCUCACGCCCUCCCGAUACUGCGGCCCGUUCUCAAAGCUCAAGCACACGGCCGACAUCCUGACCAACUCCCUGAAGGACCUGCCGCUCUUCAUGCACGCCGCGCUCAACUACAUGGCGUCGCCCGGCAUCAUCAUCCCGCUUCUGCUGCUCCUGUCGCUCGUCAUCUACUACCUCAUCUCCCUCACAAACUCGCUGCGCGAGGCCAACAACGACCUCAAGAUCCAGCUGCGGCGCGAGCGCACGGAGGAGCGCCGUAAGAUGUUCCAGAUCGUGGACGGCCGCCGUGGCGGCGGCGGCGGUGACCUGGCCGACAAGUGGCAGCGGCUCACGGCCGCGCUGCCCUCGGCGGGGGCGGCCGCGUCGGUCGAGGCCGCGGGGAAGGGGGCGGCGGAGGCGGGCACCGCCAAGCCCGAGACGAGCAGGAGGAAGGCAGAGCUCCUGGCCCGCCUGCUCAAGCAUGCGCUGCGCAAGUCGUCGGCCACCUCGGACGAGGAGUCGGCCGUGCACACGGACCAGGGCGGCGGGCAGGAGGCCGGGGCCGGCGGCGAGCCCCAGGACGGCGACGACGCCACGGAUGCGGAGCAGCCCGACUGCCUGCCGGACGACGAGAAGGGCAAGACGACCCGGCGCAGCAGCCGCGCGGCGCGGAAGGCGCGCGCCAACGGCGGCCAGGGGAUCCGCGACGCGGUGGACGCGCUCAGGAGGCGCGCACCGGAGCCUGCGCAACCGCAGCCGCACCAGCCGCCCCGGGGCGGCCACCACCACCCGCACCAUCACCACCACCAACGCAGGCGCGCCGCGGACUCGCCGUCGCUGUCCUCCCACCGCGAGCGCGAGGACUCGGUGGCGUCCACCUGGUCCGACGGCAACAUCCCGGAGAUACGCAUCAGCAAGACGGAGAGCGCCGAGUGCGUCCUCGAGGGCCUGGACUCUGACGUCCCCGACGGCGACCAGCGCGCCGAGCCGCAGAGGCCCUCCAAGUCCGGCAGCUCGGACACCAUCGUGGCAGCCGAGGAGCUCGCACAGCGGAGACAGGUGCAGACACGGGGGAGCCGAGGCAAGAAGGAAAACGAAGUUCCACAUUGAUCUUUUUUUUACAGUAGUUUU